GGGGUCCUCACCCAGCUGCUGCAGUCGCUUGCGCCCCUGGGCGGGCAGGGCCCCGAGGCGGCCGGACACGCAAGCAGUUCCUGUUCUGCCCAGGCUUGGAGCACACACUACUGAGAGGCAGGCAGUGAGGGCCUCCGCGUCACUGAGACCCCAGCCCGGCACAGAAGACUCAUGGCCCGCCCAGUACUUGGGGCCCUCCUCUCAAGGGCCAGCAGGUUCCUUCUGGACGUGUAGGGCCCCGCCGCUGUCCCGCCGCCAUGGCGCACGGUUUCGCAGCGGGAUUCGAUCCACUGGGCCUAGGAGAACUUAGCUCCCGCUCGCUGAGGUCCCUGUCCUCCCGGGGCCACUUGGGCAGCGACUCGGGCUCCGCAACGCGAUACCUGCUGAGGAAGCAGCAGCGGCUGCUACAUGGGCCCUCCCGCGGAAUCCGAGCCUCAUCGCCCAUGGGCCGCGUCAUCCUCAUCAACUCUCCCAUUGAAGCCAACAGUGAUGAGAGCGACAUCAUCCACGCAGUCCAGGUGGAGAAGAGCCCAGCAGGGAGGCUGGGCUUCAGCGUGCGCGGAGGCUCUGAGCAUGGCCUGGGCAUCUUCGUCAGCAAAGUGGAGGCAGGGAGCAGUGCAGAGAGGGCUGGCCUGUGUGUGGGAGACAAGAUCACAGAGGUGAACGGGCUGAGCCUGGAGAGCACCACGAUGAGCAGUGCUGUGAAGGUGCUGACGGGCAGCAGCCACCUGCGCAUGAUGGUGCGGCGCAUGGGCUGUGUGCCCGGCAUUAAGUUCUCCAAGGAGAAGACCACAUGGGUGGAUGUGGUGAAUCGGCGGCUUGUAGUGGAGAAGUGCAGCUCGACGCCGUCUGACAGCAGCUCAGAGGAUGGUGUGCGGCGCAUCGUUCACCUAUACACAACCUCCGAUGACUUCUGUCUGGGCUUCAACAUCCGUGGGGGCAAGGAGUUUGGCCUGGGCAUCUAUGUGUCCAAAGUGGACCAUGGUGGGCUAGCCGAGGAGAAUGGUAUCAAGGUGGGGGACCAGGUCUUGGCGGCCAAUGGUGUAAGGUUCGACGACAUCAGCCACAGCCAGGCCGUGGAGGUGUUGAAGGGCCAAACGCACAUCAUGUUGACCAUCAAGGAGACCGGCCGGUACCCUGCCUACAAGGAGAUGAUUUCUGAAUACUGUUGGCUGCACCGACUGAGCAAUGGGGUCCUGCAGCAGCUGUCCCCAGCCUCCGAGAGCAGCUCUAGCGUCUCCUCCUAUGCCUCCAGCGUCCCCUACAGCUCGGCUGAGGGUUCAGGCUCUCUGCCCUCCGACCACAUGGAUGUCUGCCUGGGACCUGAAGAGCCCAGCAGCCGUGGGCCAGGCUGGGGUCGGGCAGACACAGCCAUGCAGACGGAGCCCGACAUGGGGGCGCACGUGGAGACCUGGUGCAGUGUACGGCCCACGGUCAUUCUCAGGGACACGGCCAUCCGCUCUGACAGUCCCCCAUCUGCCCACCGCCUUGACUCUGCAGUUUCUGAGUCCCCCAAGACUGCUCUGCUGCUGGCCCUCAGCCGACCCCGGCCCCCUAUCACACGCUCCCAGAGCCACCUGACCUUGUGGGAGGAGAAGAAACAGCGGAAGAAGGAGAAGUCGGGGCCCCCUGGGGAGAAGGGUGCCCUGCAGCGCUCCAAGACACUGAUGAACCUCUUCUUCAAGGGAGGGUGGCAGGGGUGGACAGCAGGUGAUCGGCACAGAGAGGCCUGGACACUGGACCGCGGGAGCUGGGCCAAGCCCCGCCCUCACCUGGACAUGGAAAAAGCAGGGGGAGUGGGACCUGUGCAGAAGUUUGUCACCUGGAGACUGAGACGAGACCGGGAGAAGGGCCGGGCACUGCUCUCAGCCAGGUCUGGGAGCCCCUCCAGCCAGCUGCCCAAUGUGGAUGAGCGGGUGCAGGCCUGGGGGAGCCGACAACUCCUUAUUGAGGACCUGGCCCGGCGGCUGCUGACAGACGAUGAGGUGUUGGCGGUCACUCGUCACUGCUCCCGGUAUGUGCAUGAAGGUGGUGUGGAGGACCUGGUGAGGCCCCUGCUGGCCAUUCUAGACAGACCGGAGAAGCUGCUGCUGCUGAGAGACAUCAGAAGUGUGGUGGCCCCCGCAGACCUGGGCCGCUUUGACAGCAUGGUGAUGCCCGUGGAGCUGGAGGCUUUUGAGGCCCUCAAGAGCAGGGCAGUGAGGCCCCCUGCUUUGCGGCCAGCCCAGCAGGACACACCACCCAAGCGUCACCUCAUCACCCCUGUGCCUGACAGCCGUGGAGGCUUCUACCUACUGCCUGUGAAUGGCUUCUCCGAGAAGGAAGAUGAUGGGGAGCUGAGAGAACGGCUGGGGGGCCUCAAGGUCCCCCUGGGUGCCUCUGCCUCCCGCCAUCCCCACAAAGGGUUCCCCCCUCUCCAAGAUGUGCCAGUAGAUGCCUUUGCCCCACGCCGAAGCACCUGUGCACCCCAUCCCCAGCCACCUCCCAUUGCUCCGCGGCCCCUGCAGCCUAACUGGCUGCUGACAGAGCCCCUGACUCAUGAGGACCCUCAGCAUAUCCACAGCCAGGGCCCAACCCACAGCCGCAGUCGAAGCCGCAACCGGGGUAGAGGCAAGUCCCCUGGACGUAGGCGCUCCCUGUCCCCAGUGCCUGUCCCUACCCCUAGUACGACCAACAGGUGCUACCACAAGCCUCGAAAGUCCAGGCCCCCUUUGCCACAGCCUAUGGAUGGGCAGGCAGCCAAGGCAGGGGACAGUCAAGGGCCUUCCAAGAAUGGAACUGGCAGGACCUCAGCCAAGGAGGCAGCCCCGAAGGCCCCCAGUGGGGAGCUGAGGACAGUCACCCUAUCCAAGAUGAAGCAGUCCUUGGGCAUCAGCAUUUCAGGGGGCAUCGAGUCCAAAGUGCAGCCCAUGGUGAAGAUAGAAAAGAUUUUCCCCGGGGGAGCUGCCUUCCUCAGUGGGGCCCUUCAGGUGAGGGAAGAGCACCUAAGCUCACUCCCUAGGCCUAGAACAGGGCGUGGGCUGGGACAAAUGCAUCUUCCAACCAGACAUGUUGAGACCAGGUGGUGGGAGGAGGCUUGGGGGCAGGGGUCAGGGGUGAAAGAUGAGCAGGCCUAGGGAAAAAUCUGUCCCCUCAUGCCAGACUGAGCCUGAGGGCGGCCCAUCCUGUUCUUCCCCAAGCCCCAAGGGACAAAGGACCAUUGUCUGCACCCCACCCUGCCCCCAAUGGCUCCAGGCACAAAAGUCCCAUUGUCCAUUGCCCCCACCCAGAUGAGGGAGGAGUGUCCCAGUGGUGGAGGUGAGAGGAGGCUGUCUUAGGUUGGGUGGUGGGGUGAGGAUGACCUAAGGAGGGAGGGCUGUGAUUCUCCCACCCCCAUACCAGGCUGGCUUUGAGCUUGUGGCAGUGGAUGGAGAGAGCCUGGAGCAGGUGACCCACCAGCGAGCAGUAGACACCAUCCGUCGGGCUUAUCGAAACAAGGCUCAGGAGCCCAUGGAGCUUGUGGUCAGGGUUCCCAGCUCCAACCCACUACCCUUACCCUCUGACUCGUCAGCCCUCACUGAUCAGCACCUUCCUGCUGACCCGUCCCCUGCCCACUGAUCCCCUGAUGCUAGCCCAUUCCCCUUCCACUGGCUCCCAGAACCUCCGGUCAACGCCCAGAUCCCCCUCACUGAUGCCCUUCUCACCAACACCCAGACCCCACCCACUGACCCAGACCACACCCCCUGUUGCCAGGCUCCUCCUGCUGACCUUCAGUCCAUCCGGUCUUCAACUCCAGGCUUGAUACUAAAACUCUUCUGACUUAUCCCACGACCCAUCCCCUGACCCCUAGACUCUGGCGGUCUCCUGGGCCUCUCCUCCUGACCUGCUCAGGACUCCUGCUCCCAGAGGUCCACAGAUUGCUCUGAUCGUCACACUUCCCUCCCUCUUCAGUUGUCACUAAGGUUCUGCCUUUUUCAGAUAAACUUGGUGUUCAAGGACAAGGUGCUACUGGAUAGACUGUCACCUGCGCUCACCUCCCCACCCCAGCCUCCCAAGACAGGAAGGGGGUCCCGAAACCCAAGGUCUGAAGCUUGGGAUUGGAGCCACUUUCUUAUGAUGUCCCCAUUUGGUUCCCCAAGCACUGAGGGACACGGACUCUCAGAUAAGGCCAUCCACCCCCCAGCCCCAAGCACCAUUCAAUGUUGAGGGAUAGGAUGGAAGCCUCUUCUAGUCCCUCAAGCCAUGAGACCACUUCAUGUUGUAGUCCACCAGCACCUCUGACUUUCUACUGGAUUUGCCUCUCUUCCCAUAAGACCUUUGAGGGGUAAGGGAAGAAAGAAGGUCAAAUAAGUUCUACAAUCUUUAUCCAGCACAUUCACUUUUUUUUAAAAACAAAAAAAAAAUUUUUAAUUUUUUUCUUUGGGUUUGUACAAGAAAUUUACAGUGUGAAAAAUAUACAAGUGAAAACGAGGCCAUAAACCAGGGUGUUGAAAGGGGCCACUUGGUCACAAACACAAAUAAACAAGACAUUUCUGAGUUCUUCCUUUGGUCUGACUACAGCCCCUCACCCCAUGAGAGAGGCUGCAGAGCUGGAACUCGGGGACCGAA